AUGGCAGCUCUGAUUCCGGCGAACAUUUCGUUCCUCCGCACAAGCGGCGACGACGUUCUUCCCGUCUCAUUUUCCAGUUUUAGCCGCAAAAGUGGAAGGAAGGCGGCCGACCAGGGGCAUCAUUAUGCACAAUUCAACCUGGGAGUGUGCUACGAGUACGGCAAGGGGGUGGGCAAGGACGUUGCACGCGCCGUAGAGUGUUACAGGAAGGCGGCCGACCAAGGAAAUGCGGAUGCACACUCCAAGCUGGGUUUGUGCUACGAGCACGGCAAGGGGGUGAGUAAGGACGGGACGCGCGCCAUGCAAUUGUACCGGAAGGCGGCCGACCAAGGGCAUGGAGCUGCCCAGAGCAACUUGGCCGCCAUGACUGUUGAGGGGGGGGGAGGCCUAUCACAAGAUUGGGUUGCUGCCGCGAAGCUAUUUGAAUUGGCGGCAAAGAAUUCGGACCAGCUAUCCGAUAAGCUCUGCCUCGCAUGGCUGUUGUGGACAGGAAGAGGUGUCGAUCAGGACAUUAUACGGGCGCAAGCUUUGGCCGCACAAGUCCGCAGUAGGGCAAGAAAUGCUAAGCUGUUGGUGCAACCUGUCGCAAUAGGACCGUUCUGGCCAACGGUCCUCAAGUGGUUCUAUAGUACGACAUGGUUCGACAGCAUGACGACGCCUGGAACCGGGCUCUCACAGGUUGCACCCGAGCCACAACCAGACAACACUGUAACAACGCCCAAUGGUGGGCCGCUGCGGAAUGCGUCCGAGCCACAGCCUAACAAUACCACGACAAUGCUAGAAGCUGGGCCCCAAAAGGGCGGAGUACUUGACGAUCUGGCUCUUACCAAGACCGAGCGGAAGUAUCUAAGUCAGGUGCUUGGGCGAGAAAAUGAUCUGGACGCAAUCGAGGAGGAGCGCCGGGACAUAGUCAAGGACCCGUGUAUGCGAAGAUACUACCUCGCGCUCCAGCAAACCCUGUGCGGGAUGUUUGUUGGGGCGCAAGCGUGUCAGAGCGGCUUGGUGAAGAAACGGCACGACCUUCUCACCCAAGGAGCUAUCGAAGCUUCAAGUAAGAUUGUUGGCCUCCUGCCAGUGUAUGGCCAUUUGGCCGAGGGUGUGGUCAAGAGCGCGGCACAGGAGGUUGCAGAUUACUUCGCAGGGAAGAAUGCGGAGCGCAUUGCUAGGGCGGGCGGCACGGACGGGGCCCUGGUCAGUGAGGGCGUGGCGAGAUACCUCGUGUUUGCGAGGAAGGGGGAGCUUUCGUCCGUUCCUAGAGACGCGUACGAGAAGGCAGUGUCGAAGGUGGUGAAGGCGGACGUGGAGAAAAUGAUGACGUGGAUCAAGUCGGAGAGCGACUUGAGCACCAUCCGCGAGGAGUCUGACGUUACGGGAGAGCAGGUGGUGCGGAGGCUUGUGGCGGCGGCGGAGCCGAGUUGGGCGCAGACGAUUACAUUGGCAGCAGCUCCCGGACCGGCGGUCGCUGCUCAGUCCCAGCUGGGUGGAAGUGCGGGAGCGGCGGGAGCACCCGACUCAAGUCAAACCGUGGACGUUGAGACGUUCCGGAAACUGGUGUCGGAAAUGGACGGGUUGAAAGAGCAGAUGAGGAAAAUAAAGGCAACAAUGCCAAACGAAGGUACUGCAGCUUUUGAGAUUGAUGCUGGAGGCGGGCAAGCGUUCGUGCAGGUUCAGUCACAAGAGAGUGCAACUGGUGGCGCUAGUAGGGCGGACACCUUAAACCUCCAGCGGGACUUUGCACAGCUGUGCGUGGUCGUAGACGAGCUCAAAGGCAGGAUAGACUUUUACGAAAAGCGGGGCUUCAGGGCCUCUAUAGUCGUUCGAGCGAAAGGCUUCCUUUCCACGAAGCGUGGAUCAAAGCUGCGUAGACUGUCAGCAAGAGACGGACCGGGAUGGAUAAGACUGGUCGACGAGGUAGAGCGGCCAGCGCCCUCGGCGCCGGUGACGAGCUGGGCUGCCGCGGCCGCGGCCGCGCGCGAGGAGACACGCUCGGGGCGAACUGCUCUUUGUACUGACCGUGGCUCUGCACUUGGGAGAAGCACCGGGUGCCGGGAAAAUGUCCGGAGGAAUCGUCUUGACGGUGAUGAUGGGCCCUGGGGGCAGUAG